AUGUCUUUUACAGAUCUCAAAGUCGGCGGACUGUAUGUCAUUCUUCAAGCCCGUCAAGAACCACCCGAGCCCAAUGAGUUCUACUGGGGUCUGUAUCUCCACUCGGACUGCGCUGGAGGGAUGGCAUACCACGUCGUAGACUCAGGAUCUGGUCUAAGAUCUGAGCAUGAGUAUACUGGUCGAAUCUUCGACACUCCACUUCUUACGGGCCUGUUCCGAAUUGCCGAUAUCACUCGUCCACUGCACCCAUUUGUCGACAGGGUAAUAAGGUCCUACGACAGCACCCUUAACUGUCCCGGAAGAAGCAGCAACAGCAAGUUCUGGGUUUUGAAUGUCCUUGCACUACUGAUCCAGCCUACGUCCACGGGAUGGCUUCCAGUAAAUUGUCAUAACCUGCCGAUCUUGGAGCAGGAAAUCCGCGACUGGGGUAAUCGAAUGUCCCAAGGAAGAUGUAUUUAUCAACGACCCAAGCCAAUUGGAUCUUCGACAAUCUGCGGUUUGCCAGAAUGGAAAACACAGCGUGAGUUAUCUAUUCCCCUUGGGAUCUGA